AUGCGUGACCAGCAGCAGCUUGCUGGACGUCCGCGAAAACGUCGUUUCAGUGCUGUGAAUCAUCUAGAUGCAGACUCCGGUGUGGGAUCAACUGGAACUAAUGCGGCUGCCGGUAGUCAGGUUUCUUCAUUUUUGACCGCACUCGCUGGAAAGCGUCACACCGCUGAUACCGAGCGCUCAACUGGAAACCAGUUGGCUGCCGCUGGCCAGGUUGCCUCCUUUUUGACUGUGUUAGCUGGCAAGCGAACCAGCGCUGAUGCUCCGUCUUCAUUCUCUGCUCAUGGAAGAACGACCAGUGCGUCGCAAACAGCAGUUGCCAGGGAGAACCCUUAUGUUAGUGAGCCGCUGUUACAGGCACUCAGAGAAAGCGGCCUAGCGGAUAAACGCCGGCAGCUACACGAGUAUGUGCCAGGUUCGUGGAUUCGAUGGGCGCAUCAUCUGCGUCUCCAGCGGCAAAACGAGAUCGAAUGGGAGAAAUGGUUGCGAUAUGGUAUGAAUGUCACGAGUCUCGCAGUGAGCGAAGCAAGAGCACCGCACUACUUGGUUGCUGAGACGAUGCUCCCGUCCAGGAGUAGUCACGAGACGCAACUGGAACCAUGGGAUGAACUCUUGGUUGCUACCUCUUCAACAGCUUGCUCCUAUGCGGAGGCGCUGAAAAUGGCGACGCUCUUCGAUCCGACACAGGAGGCGUUUCGCCGGCCUUUUGACGCCACGUCCCUUGCCAGGUUCAUUCAGGCGCCACCAUAUCCAAAUUGUAUGAGCAUCGACUUGACGCUGCCAGAGGAGCGACGACGCAUUCGGCGCGCAAGAAGGCUCCAGAAACGACAGGAAAUGGAGCAUCUGAGACGCGCUGGCGCUGCUCCGCCGCCACUUGCUCACCGACGAGCCUUCCACGGGGUGCUAGCGGCCCUGGAAGCGCGACAGACGCGAGCUGGCGCCGCCUACGGGGCCUUGGCCACAGACCAACUGCGUCAGGUUGCGCAAGCGAUGGUAACAGAGCGCAUGCGCCAGCAUGAGGCACGGAACGAAGCGAACAAACGUUCCGCCGCAGAGCGUGCGCUUGCGCGGAAACAGAAGCUAGAGCGAGACCGUCAAAGAGGCCUCGUCACGAAAGUGUACGCGCUCUGGACAAAAGGUAUGACGAGUCCGAACGUGCGGCGCUUGCUUUUCCAGCUGUCAGCAGCUGCGGAGCGAAUUGGUGUGAACGGUUUUAUUCUGGAAUGGCGGGAACGUUUCUUCAAGCACUGGGCAGGUGGCCUUCGAUUUGCGGUCUUCAUCGCCAUCCAGGGUGGUGAAACCGCGACUCGCCAAUGGGAUGCUCUCCUCGAGCGACGGAUGUCUCAUACGGAAGAUCGACUGCUUCUCGAUCGUGUAUGGCAAAGCACCUGGAUCAGGGUUCUAGCAGGCGCCGCCCCAGUGACACUGCGGGGUGUGUCCUCGGAGGACAGCGCCCGGAUGCUCACAUUCGAGGCGCAAGUCGCUGAACUGUAUGAUAUUGCACGCGCACGUUUCCUCUUGCAUGUCGCAAAAGACACCUCUACGCCAGAGCGGAAUGAGCAUGAUCUGUUUUAG